GCCGGGCGGUGGGCAGGGGCUGCGGGGACUAUUGCGAGCCAGGGGCUGGCAGGUUCUAAAUGGCUUCUAAGAAGUUGGGAUCCGACUCUCACGGGCCUUUCAGCUAUCUUGAUGAUGUCCCAUUUAAGAUAGGAGACAAAUUUAAAACCCCUGCGAAGGUUGGACUACCCAUUGGUUUCUGCCUGCCUGAUUCUUUUCAGCUUGUCAGAGAAGCCCAGUAUGACUUCUCCCUGGAAAAGAAAACAAUUGAGUGGGCUGAAGAUAUCAAAAAAAUUCAAGCUGCCCAGAAAGAAGCUGAACGCAAGGCUGAAGAAGCAAUAGCAAACUCAAAAGUUGCUCCAGAGGACAACAGAAUGGGGUUCCCAGAGGGACCUUGCCCCGAGGCCAUGCCUCCACCUAUUAACCCCAUACUCGCUAGUCUGCAGCACAAUAGUAUUCUUACCCCUACUCCAGCCAACAGCAGUGCUGUGAAGCAAAAAGUUCUUAGUCCACCUCAUCCAAAAGCAGAUUUCAACCCAGCUGAUUUUGAAUGUGAAGAAGACCCAUUUGACAAACUGGAAUUAAAAACUAUUGAUGAUAAGGAGGAAUUAAAAAACAUUCUUGAAAUUCAUGUUGGUACUACUGGGCCAGUUGUUGCCCAACUGUUAGAUAACAGCUUGCCCAAAGGAAAGUCUGAGUCUGUGUUACAAGAUCAGGAAGUUUUGGCAUCCAUAGAAAGGGCCGCGUUGGACCUCAAGCCCCUUCACAAACCCAAUGGCUUUAUCACUUUACCGCAACUGGGAAACUGUGAAAAGAUGUCCUUGUCUUCCAAAGUGUCCCUGUCCCCUAUCACUUCAGUGAGCAGUAUCAAAUCCCUGUCCUUUCCUAAACUUGACUCCGAUGAGAGUGAUCAAAAGUCGUCAAAGCUCAUGGGCGCUUUUCACAGUGCUAGUUGUCUCCGCAAUGGCACUUUUCUCAGCUCUUUGCAGGCCUGUGCUCAGAAUAAAGCUAGCGAACUGAAUGGACACCACAUGGUUGAUCUUUCUGCUGUAAACGAGGACAGUGGAAUGGAGACAUCUACAUUAUCCUCUUCAUCCAGACUGCCGUCCCUGGCUUUGUCGACACUGUGUGCAGAAGAACAAAGCACAGUGACCACGGUACACCCAGACAAGGAGACAGAAAUCCCUAUGGUAACACACCAAAAUUUCCCAGUGUCUAAAGUGCCCAACAACACGACCUGCACAAAGCAGUCGGGUGUUCCUUUUCCGGAGUUACAGCAGACUCUCUCUGCUAGCGAGAGGCAGUGCGUAGAGACAGUUGUCAACAUGGGAUAUUCACCUGAGAAUGUCCUGAAAGCCAUGAAGAAGAAGGGGCAAAACAUAGACCAGGUUUUGGAUUACCUGUUUGCACACGGACAGCUUUGUGAAAAGGGCUUUGAUCCACUUCUUGUUGAAGCGGCUUUGGAGAUGCACCAGUGUUCAGAGGAGAAGAUCACGGAACUUCUCCAACUUAUGAGUCAAUUUAAAGAAAUGGGCUUUGAACUAAAGGACAUUAAGGAGGUCUUAUUAUUACAUAACAAUGACCAGCAGAAUGCUUUGGAAGAUCUAAUGGCCCGUGCAGAAGCCAGCUGAAGCACAUUCCUGAGUUCUUGGCGUGCAAUGGAACAGCCCCACCACCUUCACGUUCAGUGUGACUUGCUCUCAGCAAGGAGUCCAGUUUUUUGCAUACAUGGGAAAGUGAAUGAGCAAGCCUGCCUGCGUGCAUCACUCCAGCAUUUCUCUUUUCACUGGGAGCCAACUUUCUUUCUUAAAUUAAAUUUUUGAAGUGUCCUUUCCUAAGUUUCCUUUUUCCAGCUUGGCCACGGAGAUUUUAGACUGCCCAGCUGCUCUACUGGAAUUGUAUAUAGUCAGAGACAGGAGUGGUCCUCCUCACUGUUGCACUGGAGUUGGACAGGGGAUUACUAAAUUUGUUCUGAAACAUAUAAUGCUUUGGUUCUUUGAAGCUGCUUUCUUGGUGUCUGCUUGUACUGAAUUACUUGACUGUGUCACAGUCCAGAUUAUCUGGUUAAAUCUGACCUUUAGUGCAAUGGAAUUUUAUUUUUUGAUUGAGAGUUAGUCUGUAACUUAGUGAAACACUGGUUUGGAAACUGUCGCCAUGCAUAAAGAGAGAAGCUGUUCCUCUUGUUUCUUCUUUAACUCAUGCAUCCAACACUUCUGCAGACGUAAGUGUCCUAUGCUAAGUGGUUAUAAGUUCUCUUGAAAUAUAACCCAGACCUGCAAUUUGUGGUGGUUCUUGAACCUGAAGGCAGAGAGCUGGGGCUCAGUAUUCUUAAUCCCCCUGGCUUGUAAGAUAUUUAAGAAAAUGCUCUGCUAGGAAAUCAGUUAUCUUUUGUUCUAAAUAAUAUUCAAUGUGAUGCAGGAGGUUUCUUUCAAGCACUUUCUUUAAAAUAAACAUACUUGCUGCAUUAGUUCCAUUUUUCACACUGCUGUAGAAUUACAUAGUAACACCUAGUACUAGAAAUCAGGUAGUCAUAGAAUCAUAAGAUAAGAAUUGGAAGGGACCUCUGGAGAUAGAGUAACUGCUUGCUAAAGCAGGUUCCCUCCAGUAACUUGCAUGGGAGUAUGUCCAGGUGGGUUUUGAAAUCUCCAGAGAAGGAGACUCCACCUCUCUGUGCAGCCUAUCCCAGUGCUCUGUCAUACUCUUAAAUAAAUCCUUGUGGAAUCUAUCCAACAACAAAAUGUCCAUUUCCUCAGAAAAAUGUGGAAGCAUAGAAAGCAUGUUUUGAAGGGGCUUCUCCUGCACUAGCUGUUUAAUAAGCAAGAAAAAAUUCUAUCACUUCUGUUCUUACUCAAUUUUCCAGAAGGCAAAUCCUUUCAAUGAGUAUCAGAGUGACUUGCAAGAAGCUGAAGUUCCAGAGAUACAAGCAUCAGCUCUGCACUUUAUCCUGGAGUUCCAGUGCUGCCUCUUAUUUCAGUCCAGUCAGAUGAUGUCAGGAGCACUGCCUCUGCUGCUGGUUUUAACUUCUCUCUUGUUCCUUCUGGAGGACCUGCUGGAAGAGGUAAUGUGCAUACUGCUCUUGAGGUGACUGGUUGGUGUUGAUGUUGCCAAGCAUGUUGCUUGCUAAAGUUGAUGGGAGAUUAUCUAAAAACACAGGAGGAUAACACUGAAUCAUCUGGGACUGGUGAAAAGAAAUCCAAACUUAUCACAUCUGAGGAAAUGCUGAAUAUUGGAAUGGCAUGGGAUAGUCUGUUAACAGCUGAGGAAUAACAGCAGUAUCAACUCUGACAGAUGAUGGCUGAUGCACAAGAACCCUUUUGGUUGGGCUUCUUGUGUUUCCAACAAGAGUAUGUGCGUCAUUUUGGCAGAAGGAUCUUCUCAAUUUCAUCCAAAGAGUUUUUAGUUGUCAAGUGAGUGAUACCAACUUUCUCCUUGUUUUCCUCAUUGCCCCCCCUCUUGAAACAUGGUUUUCUAACAGCACUGGAUUUUUCUGUUUUGGUGCACUGUGGACUUCAGAUUAUCACACCACCUUUUUUAGGCCUCGUGGACUACAAGGAACCAUCUUGGAGUUUAAUCCUGAACAUUCAUCAAGGAUUUCCACAAAGAGCCCAUCUACUAUUAGGCUCUCAUAAGAUGCCUUUUUGUUCCAGAUGGAAUGGAUCCAGGUGGGCAGCUUAUCGAAUCAUUCAUUUGAAGAUGAAGAGUAGCAUCAAAACAUUGCAGCUGUGUGUGAUCAGCAGCCUGGCAUGGGAUUGUCAGUCUCAUUUUUCACAGAGGGCACAUCAGAGAUAAUUGUAGACUGGCAGUUUCACUGUUGGGAUCUGUACUUAGUUUUUCUCUAAUUAGUGCUCUAGAAUGAUAAGGGUUCUGGAUACCUUUCACUUUUAACCUCUGCAAAAGCAUAGCUGUAGUGAGCUGACAAAUGAGAAACACAGACAUGGAGUAAUUCUUUCCAAUUUCAGAAGCCCAGGAAAUAGAAGUCUAUUCUGGCACUGCUGAUGACAGCCUAACUGGAGAUGUUGUAUUCAAGGGGCAUCCAGAUUCCUUCUGUUUAAUUCUGUUUGGUGGUUGUGGAGUGUAUUCAGCAAUGGAAACAGCUUCCUAUUUACUUCAAUGCACAAACUGUUAGGGCAAUUAUCUUGUUGAGGGCAGUUUGUUUCUGCUUGGCAUAGUCUUAGCUGAACUUGGACUUGUUAAUCUCUUUUGUCCCCCUGGCAAGAAGACCCUGGAAACACAGAUUUUUUCUGGCCUGCUGAGAUGUAAAGGAAGGAGGGGAAAAAAACUUAUCUUGGAACCUCUGAAUACUGCUCUGUACUAAACUUACAGGCUUAUUGAGUAGUAGUACAUCAAGCACAUUCAAAAAAGGCAGGCUUUUCAGCUGGAUGUUGGGAUGGAUGGGUGGGAUGGAAGGGGAUGGCUCUGCAUCUCAAAGUGAGCGUUAGUGUCUUGCAGGAGCACAAAAGUGCCAGACAAAGGAAAGUGAGAUGUGACUAAAGUAGAAGGCUGUAUGUGAAUCCCAGCAGUAUCCCGCCCAGGCUCUAUGGAUGAGGGACAUCCACAUGAAAAACAGCAGGCUUUAUAGCUGAUAAAUCCAGAGGUCCUUUGAUUGUCCAUGGUACCUACAUCUGUAGAGUUCAUAGAAUCAUAAGGAUUGGAAGGAACCUCUGGAGGUCAUCUGCUCCUGCCCCCUGCUAAAGCAGGUUCCCUAAGUAGAUUGCACAGGCAAGUGUUCAUAUAGGUCUUGAAUAUCUCCAGAGGAGGAGACACCACAACUUCUCUGGCAGCCCGUUCCAGUGCUCCAUUACCCUCGCAGUGAGAAAGUUCUUUCGCAUGUUGGUAUGUAUGAAACUUCCUGUGUUCCUGUUCAGUCUCAUUGCCCCUUUUCCUGUCACUGGGAACCACCAAAAAGAGCCUGCUCCCAUCCACUUGACACCUGCUCAUAGAUAUUUAUAAGCAUUGAUCCCCUCCUCAGUCUUCUCCAGGCUGAACAGCCCCAGCUCUCAGCUUUUCCUCAUACAGGAGAUGCUCCUAUCCACAGCCAUCCCUGUGGCCCUCCACUGGACUCUCUGGGUAGUUCCCUGUCUUGAACAGGGCACAGUUCUCUAGGUGUGGCCUAACCAGGACAGAAAGGAGGAGGAUCACCUCCCUCAACCUGCUGGCCACACUUUUUUAAUGCACCCCAGAAUACCAUUGGCCUUCUUGGCUACGGGGGCGCACUGCUGGAUCAUGGCCUACCUGUCAUCCACCAGGUCCUUCUCUGCAGAGCUCCUCUCCAGCAGGUCUCCUAGCCUGUACUGAUGCAGGUUAGUCCUCACCAGGUGUAGGACCUACUCUCGCUCUUGUUGAAUCUCAUCAGGUUCCUCUCCGCCCAACUCCCAGCCUGUCCAGGUCUCACUGAAUUGCAGCACAGCCUUCAGACACGUCAGCCCCUCCUCCUGGCUUUGUAUCAUCAGCAGACUUGCUGAGGGUGGACUCCAUCCCUUCGUGCAGGCUACUGAUGAAGAUGUUGAACAGGACUGGAAUGAGCACCAGUUCCUGGGGAACACCAGCAGGUCCUGGAGUUUUAUUUGAACUGGUGGGCUGCAGCUGCUCUUCAGUAAGUGCAGAGCCCUCAUCAGGAGGUCAUCUUGGUCUGCUUUUAUUAUGCCCAACAGAGCCCAACAACUCUCGUAGUUCAGAAAUACAGGAACUUUAUAUAAUAUUCUGCAGUUCCUUGAAAUCUGCAAUCUUCUAUGCACUGAUAGCACCAAGUAUUAUGCUGUGCAUUGUUCAAGUUCUAAAUGCGUAAAAUAUCAGUCUUGAGGCAUCAUUAAUUUGCUGAUUCUGCAGAAGAAUAAUUAAUAAAACCCUCAGAUAUGACUCCCAGCGUCAUGGUUCCCAUCGCUCAUGCUCUUUGACUUCAGCUGAUGAAGAACUUGCUGGAUAUUACAAGCCCUGGGCCUGCUUUCUCCUCUAGGCAUGCAUGGAUGUGGUCUGCUUUGGGCAGAGCUACCAGAGGUCUCUAGAGAGGUGGAUGCAGAGGUAGAAGGUGCUUCUUUUUUCUGUGGCUUAUUUUUGUUCUAUUAAAAAAAACAAAAAACAAAAAACAAAAAAAACAAAAACAGAAACAAACAACAACAAAAAAAAAACACAACAGAAACACACACACAAAAACAAAACAAAAAACAAGAAGCUUGGGGAUCAAAACUCAUGUUAGAACAUGGAGCUGGGAGAAUUGGACUCUGGGAAGGGAAGACAGCCCAGCUCCUUACCUCAAUUCACGUUUUUCAAUAGUAAGUUUUUUAGUUCAUCAGGACUCUGAAGGGGAUUGCAUUGAUUUCCAUUAUUUUAUUAAAAUACAUCCAAAACAUCUCAUCUGGUGUCAGUGUUAGCUCCUGGAAUUCUCCUAUGAGGUGCACGACAUUAAUUACCUUUAUUUAAAACAGAAUGAUGUUAAAAUGUAGCUGGCAAGCAUCCAGGAGAUCUGGGGAUAGAUGAUGGGCAGGACUAGGGCAAGCUUCCAAUGGACUGUAUGCUGUAACACUGAGCCUCACCUCGCCAGCUUCCAGUGAUGGGACUAAGGUCAAAACUUGUGUAAGAAAGGCAUUCCAGCCUGUAGGGCAACAAUUAAUUUCUGGUUUGGAGCUGGCCCUCUGGGUUCAGGUAAAGUAGGUACCCAGCUCUGCUUCCCUGAUGCAAAAUAGGAGUUUGAAACACGAAAAUACGGUUCCUGAUAAGUCAGAAAAGCUGGAAAGUAGAAAAAAGUGUUUACCGUUACUGCUAUGAGCAGUUCGUUGUGUUGCUUGUUUAGCUUCUCACACCUAAUUCUGAACAGGUUCCUGUCUGGCAGUAGACAGUCCUGAACAGGCAAGAACCAUUGCCAGUGAAGAAGCAAAGUAUUUAGAUCAAACCUCUGAAUAAAGUCAUCUUUCUGGUUAAUGUGUGUUAAGUUCUUUUCACAGUCACUGGAACCACGCUGUAAUAACCUCUUUGCUUAUAGAGGUUGUUUUUAAAAGUGAGAAUGGAGAUAUCAAUCCGUGGUAGUGAAAGAUGGAAAGUGAUACUUACGAAGCCCUUGUUACUUACAAAGUCUCUUGUUAUCCAAGAGGAAUACCAGUGGGUGUUUUCCCUGCAGCGUUGUUCUUGCAUCUGUAGUGAGUUUUCUGGAUUUUGCAUCAUGGGGUGGCUGAAGCUGGGAGUGUGUUCUUGAGGUGGCUGAUAGGGAAUGAAGCCAUGGAGUGGUGGGGAUUAACCAAGUGCGGUAGGGGAAAGGUGCUUCUAAAGAAAUGGCAUAAUGUGAUGAGAUUUGGAUGUUUUGGGCACCGUGCAUCAUUAGUUACUCUGGUACUGUUAUGAACAAAGCUCGGUGUGGAAGUGUUGGGUUGAGGCUGGGUCUCUGAGAUCAGCAGAUUGAUUCACAUGCCUGGUAAAUGGCUUUCGGUGUUGUAACUUUGUCAGAGGUUGUUCUGCCUUUUGUGCUAGCUGCUGCUGAAUACUGAGAUCUGUCUGUCACGAUGAGAAGUGUGCAGGCAAAGUCCAAGCUGCAGACUGUGCUUGGAGCCAGAGCCCUAGUGCUGCCUGCCGGCGCCUGGCUGGCGCUGCUGGAGCUGACCAUGCCCCACGAGCUGUCCUUGUGCUGUCGUAGGCGAGUUGGUUCCUGGUUCUGAUGUGGGUUUUCUGUGACACCUGGCUGGGCAGCUCUCCUUGCCCUCCGCCAGCUGGGCAGGCAGCUCACUUCUGCUGAGAUGAUCUUUUACAAUCAAACAUUUUUACAGUCAUUUGGAUCAUGUCUACUUUAGAAAUUUUACCAGAGUUCUGUAGUAAACUGAAUUUUAUUUUAAAUGAUGUAAAUUAUUCAAAUAAAAUAUCAAGCAUC